CGCAUAAGCCAGGCGAUCUGUCUUACUUUUCCCACUGUGAACUGGGAGUACUGCUUCUGGGACAGAAAUCAGAUUGAACCAGACAGGGCAGAAACACAUAGAGAUAAUCUCUUCAGGCUCACAAUGGAUGCUCUACGAUUGGCAAAUUCAGCUUUUGCGGUUGACCUUUUCAAACAGUUGUGUGACAAGGAAGCGGCAAGCAAUGUCCUUUUCUCUCCAAUAUGUCUUUCUACCUCCCUGUCCCUGGCUCAAGUAGGCAGCAAAGGUGAUACAGCAAGCGAAAUCGGAAAGGUCCUUCACUUUGAAAAUGUCAAAGAUGUACCUUUUGCGUUUCAAACAGUGACCUCCGAUGUAAACAAACUCAGUUCUUUCUACUCCCUGAAGCUAAUCAAACGACUCUAUGUAGAUAAAUCUCUGAACCCAAGUACGGAAUUUGUCAGUGCCACCAAAAGGCCCUAUGCAAAUGAAAUGGAAACUGUUGACUUUAAGGAUAAACUGGAAGAAACUAAAGGCCAGAUCAACAAAUCUAUUAAGGACCUUACAGAUGGCCAUUUUGAGAACAUCUUGACUGAGGACAGUGUAAAUGAUCAAACCAAGAUCCUUGUGGUGAACGCAGCCUAUUUCAUAGGAAAAUGGAUGAAGAAAUUUCCUGAAUCUGAAACAAAAGAAUGUCCAUUUAGAAUCAACAAGACAGACACUAAACCAGUGCAAAUGAUGAACAUAGAAGCUACAUUUUGCAUGGGCAAUAUCAAAGAUAUAAACUGCAAGAUCAUAGAACUUCCCUUUCAAAAUAAGCACCUGAGCAUGCUCAUUUUACUACCAAAAGAUGUAGAGGAUGAUUCAACUGGAUUGGAAAAGGUUGAGAAAGAACUCAGCCCUGAGACUCUUCAGGAGUGGACCAACCCCAGUACAAUGGCCAGUGCCAAAGUGAAACUUUCAAUUCCUAAAUUUAAGGUGGAAAAAAUUAUUGACCCUAAAACAGAUCUGGAGAGCCUUGGAAUGAAAAAUGUCUUUGAUGAAAGUACAAGUGAUUUCUCAGGGCUAUCAGAGACUAAGGGAGUGGCUUUGUCCAAUGUCAUCCACAAAGCCUGUUUAGAAAUAUCAGAAGAUGGUGGUGAUUCUAUAGAAGUACCAGGAUCUCGAAUCCUGCAACAUAAAGAUGAAUUUAAUGCUGACCACCCAUUUAUUUAUAUCAUCAGGCACAACAAAACACGCAAUAUCAUUUUCUUUGGAAAAUUCUGUUCUCCUUAACCCAGUAUAUAAUCAAGCCUGUCUGACUUUUACACAGGUGCAGCUUUCUAUAAACUUUGCACUGAGAGAAUUACUUUCUAACUUUGGCAUGUUAUUAAUAUUUUUGGAGCAGGGAGCAAUAAAUACUUUUCAUAUGCAGUCAUCACAUAGAAUAGCCCUCUUUGUUUAAAGCUAUUUUUUUAUUUCACUCCUUUCUCAAAAAAGAGAAUAAGGUGAACUUUUUUUGCAAAAAAAUUUAUCAUACAGAUAUAAGUAUUUAUUUGGUGAUUGUUUGUUUGGGGGCCACUCUCAAACAUCUCUGGAGGAGCCACCUACAGGGGAUGAGCUUCUGCCAUUGGUCAUUGAGAUGUAGCAAAUUCUGGUAAGGCUAGUUCUAAGUGCAGAUUUGGAUGGAGUGAAAGAUUUAGUGUAUGUGAUUCACCGAUGUUGUUAUAGAGGGCAGGGCAAGGGUUGAGUGGGCUGGGAAUACAGGGGUCUAUGGCAGACUUUAGAAGCCAUGCAAAAUUGGAUCUUGACAGAAAUUUUCAUUUGGUUUAGUUCUCCUUAGUGGCUCUAGCUAGAGCAUAAAGCAGUCUGUUGUUGCAGUAGGAGUUAGUCUGUAAGUCCUGAUGGGAAGGUCAGAACUACUCAGAGGGUGAACUCUUUCCUAGAGUGUAUCUGGUUGGUGCUGUGUCCACCAAAAGGUAGCAGUGGAUUCCAAGUAAAAACCAAAGAGUUUGGAACACCUGGUGUCAGGUCCCUCCAAUGCUUGUAAUCACUUACAAUUUGAGCUAAAAAGACCUUUUGAGCAUGGGAAGAGAAAGGCUGGGAAUUGGACUCUUGUCUGGCAUGGUGGUGGGAAAGAAGGGGGACUUUGGUAGGUUUUUGCAGAAUAAAACUCAAAUGAUUAAAGGGCUUUUGACACUUCACCAUUCUGUAAUGUUUCUAACUUGAGGGACUGAUUCAAUGAGGGUUUAGUUGGGAUUUGGAGUCAAUGGGCAUUUGUAAAGCAAGUUUGGUAAGUUGCUAGCACAACACAGAUCCAUCUGUUAAUUCUGGGCAAAAGGAAUAUGAUUACUUGACUAAUGGGUUACUUUGUGCCUGGGUCCUCUAGUUUCCAUCUCUAUUUUCUUGCUGCAUGUGUUUGGUAUUGAGUUCACCUUAUCCUAUUCAGAAUAAAAGUAUUAUUACAUUAAA